AUGGCGGAGAGACGAUUUGCUCAAGAUGUUAGAAGAGCUCACUCCCUCCCUCAACGUGAUCCUAGGGCUUCCCGGUUUCCAGCAAAAAAUGUUCCCAGGGAUGACUCUGUACGGAUCCCAUCUUCAAGUAGUCAGUUUAAAAACACAAAUAUGCGUGAACUACCUGAUGCAUCUCAAGUGGAAAUCUUUGACUCUAAGUUGGCAGCUGAAAAUGCUCCAGGCCUAACUAUUGCCUCAGAAGCUACAGGACAACCCAACAUGAGUGAUUUGCUGGAAGCUGUCAUGAAGAGUGGAAUCCUUUCUAAUAAUUCAACACAUGGUGCGAUCAAGGAGGAAAUUUCUCAGGAUGAGGUUAACCCAGGGGCACUAACCCUAUCAGCGGCCUCUAAGCCUAAGAAUUUGCCAUCAGCAUUGCCAAUUUCAUUGGCUGGUGACAAUUUAUUAGCUCGUUUAAAAGUUGAACAAUCCUCCGCACCACUUGUCUCAUGUGCAGCGUCUCUUACUGGCAUCACAUCAGUACAAACGUCAAAAGAGAAUAGUAAGGCCUCAGAUCCUCUUUCAUGCCUCUUGAGCUCCUUAGUUUCAAAGGGCUUGAUAUCUGCUUCAAAGACAGAGCAGCCAUCGGCUCCUUCCAUAACGCAGGAAUAUAGUCCUGAUCAUUCCACCAAUAGCUCUAUGUCUGUAUCUGUGGUUCCAUCAGAUGCUCAACCAUCUGUUCUGGUGAAGAAGGGGCCAUCCACUGCCCCUAAGGUAAAAGGGUUAACUGCAUCUGAGACAUCAAAAUCUGAACCUGAGGACCUCAUAGGAUUGAAGUUUAGGGCAGACAAAAUCCGUGAACUUCACCCCUCUGUCAUUAGUAGUCUCUUUGAUGAUCUUCCACAUCUCUGCACCUCCUGCGGCGUUCGCCUUAAACAAAAGGAAGAACUUGAUAGGCACAUGGAGUUGCAUGAUAAGAGUAAGGGCGAGUUAAGUGGCAAAAACAGUAAAUGUAGGGUUUGGUUUCCAAAGGUUGAAAACUGGAUUGCAGCAAAAGCUGGAGAGUUAGAACCUGAAGAUGAGGAAGUUCUGAAUUGA